AUGUGGUUUUGUGUUUGUUUUAUUUUGUGCGCAAUUGUCAGCUGUGGGAAUACAUUUAGUAAGGAAGCAUUCAGGUUUAAUGAAGACACUCGAGUAUUUGACAGACUUGCUGAAAAACAGCUGCCUGCAUGUCGUGAUUGCAGCUGUGGAGAGCGAAAUGAAGAGCCUCGUGUGGUUGGUGGUACUGGAAGUAGCGUGAAUGCAUUUCCGUGGAUAGCACGUCUGAUCUACCACCAGGCUUUUGGAUGUGGAGCGUCUCUAAUCAAUGAUAGAUAUGUGGUGUCAGCAGCGCAUUGUGUUAAAGGAUUCAUGUGGUUUAUGUUUCGAGUGAAAUUCGGCGAACACAACCGUUGUGAGACGAAGGGAAUGCCUGAAAUGCGUUACAUAGUGAAGAUAAUAGCUCACAACUUCACCCUGACUGAAUUGACUAAUGACAUCUCCUUGCUACGGCUAAACAAAGCUGUUGAAUAUUCACAUACGAUACGACCCGUCUGCAUACCGCCUAUUGAAAGUAAAACUAAGACAUACACAGGAGAAUUAGCAACAGUAGCCGGGUGGGGAGCGAUGGGUGAAACGGGUAACUGGUCGUGUUCUCUUCUCGAAGCUCAAUUGCCUGUUCUGAGUGAAGAAGCGUGCAAGAGUACAAGUUACAAUAAAUCUAAGAUUAGAGACGUUAUGCUCUGUGCCGGUUACCCUUCUACUGCUCAUAAGGACGCUUGUACUGGUGACAGUGGAGGUCCAUUAAUUGCUGAGAAUCAAGAUCACGCAUAUGAACUUAUAGGAAUCGUAUCCUGGGGCUAUGGUUGUGCAAGAAAAGGAUUCCCGGGGGUUUAUACAAGAGUUACGAAGUACUUAGAUUGGAUAAGAGAUAAUACGUACGACUCGUGCUAUUGCGAAUACUGA